GUGCAAGUCCCCAUUAUAUAUUGAAUACACGUAUCAGAGCAUUACUGUAGUUUGACGGUCCAGAUCAUGUUGACGUCUAUGAAUUCUCGUUUGGUGGCGCCUGCCGCCAGGUCGCUUUUAAGGCCAACUACUCGAAAUAUGGCAGCCAUAAAGAAAAGUCAAGCUAUCGAGGACUGGGGCAAGAUGAGAGAGAGCACGGUAGAACCCUUCCUCAUGACGCCUAAAAAUGCGCUCCUGUCCUUUAUUUUUGGACUCCUGGUGCCCGCCGCCUUGUUGAAGGGCGUGUUAGGCGCACAGCACGCAAGAGAUGCGGAGGUAGGCAAACCACGCAAGGACUACGUAGGUGAUUUUUAAAUGUGGGUGUGCAUGGGAAUGCUCCUAGGCUAUGGGAGUGCUACUAGGCUGUAGGCAAAUGCAGUGGGUUGCAACCUAAGCCUGCGCCAAGGCGUAUGGAGUCUGCGACGUUGAAAUUAAAAAGUGUGGGUACAUUACUUUAACCGAA